AGAUACCAAAACUUUCCCCACCAAGUAGGGUUUAGUACCAAAUCCUUCAAAUUCCAUUAUCCUCUCUCAAACAUCACCCAAACCCACCAAAAGGCCAAGAACGUUGGUCACAGAGCCUGAAUGUUGUCUCAUCGAACCCGAACUAAAAUCCAAUCCCGUGAACCCCAUAAUAAUGCCCAGAUUGACUUCUCGUCACGGUACCACCAGUCCUCUCAUCUGGUGUGCAGCUAUCAUUUGUGCUAUAAUCUCUAUUGUUGUAAUCAUUGGUGGCAUUUUAGUCUUCGUUGGUUACAUGGUCAUUCAUCCUCGAGUUCCCAUCAUUAGUGUCACGGAUGCUCACCUCGACUUCUUAAAGUAUGAUAUAGUUGGAGUUUUGCAAACGCAGUUAACAAUUGUGAUUCGCGUAGACAAUCAUAACGCUAAGGCUCAUGCGUUGUUUGAUGAAACCGAGUUCAAGCUAAGCUAUGAUGGGAAACUUAUUGCGAUUUUAAAAGCGCCUGAGUUUGAAGUUGUUAAAGAGAAAUCAAUGUUCCUUCCUUACUUGGUUCAGUCAUAUCCAAUACCAUUGAAUCCAACUUUGAUGCAAGCUGUAGACUAUGCGGUUAAACAAGAUGUUAUUACGUUCGAGCUCAAAGGUGGCUCGAAAACUCGGUGGCGAGUCGGACCAUUAGGAUCGGUCAAGUUCGAGUGUAACCUUAGCUGUGAGCUUAAGUUUAGACCUUCUGAUCAUAGUUACAUUCCAUCUCCGUGCACUUCUUCUCAUAAGCAUUAGAUACUCUAUCUCUCAUUUGUUUUACUUUCCCUUUCACUUAAUUAGUUUUAUUUUACUUUUUGGGAUUGAUAUAUAUUUUUUUCUUUCUAAAAUAAUUGCUGUAGGUAAUACUACAAAUUUAUUCACAAUGAUAUCAAAUGAAUAUGAAAGAAAUUCAAGAAAUUUUGAUAUUUUCGCUCAACAAUUUGACUGGAAGUUUAUAUGAUUGUUUGGAAUAAUAAUGACUGAGAGUAAUAUCUUUU